AGGCAGUGUCUCGAACGCCCCAAUUGGCACCCAGUUCUUCGAAAAAGACAGAAAGAACAUCGCAGAAAGUGCCUCGCUAAACUUUUGCAUGCCUUGGCAACAUUCCAAAAUCUCUACUCCACCCGCCUGCGCACAACGAGGCACGCAAAUCCGAAUUCUGCACACUGCGGGCGAGAGCGUCACUCCUCCAUCCUUCUGGACGGACGUCCCCCCUCGAAACACGCAGCGAGCCCCGGUGUCGGGACCUCGGAGCCCCACGAAUUUCUCGCUCUCCGUUGCAAAUCGAGAAGAAGAAGAAGCAGAAGAAGAAGUGCCGCUUGUCCGCAUUCGCAGGCCUACGUCACCGAUAUUCUUCGGUUCUCAGACCAUCGCCGCAAAAAGUCGAGGGGCUUCCAAUCUGCGCACUCCUAAUCCGAUACCGAAAACUGGAUUUGGUCACUUUAGCGGAGCUUCAUGUCGUUGCUUCUGCUCGAGUGCCGCAGCGUAUAUUCGAAGCAAGGGCCAAGACUGGCCCUAAGAUAGAGGACUCCGGCAACCAGAGCCGCCGAGGCAGGCCGUCAGCGAGCAGGGCACCUGCGGAUCAAGAGCGGUGUACAGCAGAGCAGGAGGAGACGAGGGGUCAGGGUUCUCGUCGUUGUACAGGUUCAUCGGCGGUGCACUGCCGAAUUGAGGAAGAAUUGCCGGGCGUCCGCUUGGGGCUCUUUCGGUCGGAGAAAAAAUCGGAUUGAAUUGAGGUGGUCUGGACCGCAUUGAAUUGUGAAUCCUGGAGCGAUGGCGGACAGGUUCGCCAUGGAAUCGAAGAACAGGGCAAAUUACGCCGGGGCGUAUCAUGCGCCUACCAUGAGUCCCGGAAUCGGUUCACCGCGUUGCCCUCGCUGUGCAGCUCCACUGUCCAAGGAUCUGGAGGCGAGCGGCUGGACGAUAGCACCUUUUAUGAGAGAAAGCUUCGCCGUGGUAGGCACAGCUGUUGGAGGAAGCACCAGUGCGUUUUACGGAUUCAACACGGUGAUGCCUCCUGUUCACAAGCACGUGAGAGGACCCCUUUGGCUGCAAUUUCUCGUGGGGCUGCCUCCAGUCAUGCUCUUCUCAGUAGCCUGUGCAGGCCUAGCCGGUGGAGCAUUACCCGCUUUUGCUCAGCUUGCAGUUUCAACGUACCACGCAACUUCAGCCUCAUCGCAUUCCGCAGUCUCCAAGCUCACGAUGCAAGUGGAGCAACGACAGGAGCUCCCGAGUUUUGCGAACUCCCUUGCCCAAGCUAAAGAAUCGAAAGAAUCAGUUAAGCUAAGGAGUUGAAGCCUGCUGGUCGUGUAUGUUUCUCAUCUUGUAAAGUCCGUUGUUUCUUCUGUCCACGAAUCCCUCGGUAGCUGGUUGCGUGGAAUAUCCGAAAGUAGAGUUUCUGGAGUGCAAUCUACUACUCGAGGCAUCCAUCACCACGUCGGUGAACAAUGUUCUGGAUUAAACAUGUGAGUUCUGAUUGGACCCAGGUCAUAUCCAGAGUUAACAGCGUAGUAGCGGGCCCAUCCUUUUCUAGAUUAAUCGUUUUACAGGUCAUGGAUGCUCUUAGGAAUUUUGUUAUAGAAAAUUUUGUUACAGGGUUUCAGGAGUCUGCCGAGCUUUCCCCCAUCCAUCCGAUGGUGUCAGAGGAUUUACGGUCUGUCAAGCUAAGAAUUCGUAUCAGUCUGAGAAACUCAUUGUGAUGAGUGUAUUCUACGCACCAUAAUUACUGAGGAAAGCACUGGCAGCAAUAUAUAUCCGAAGGCUUUCUCCGGAACAUACGAACCUCUUUAGCAAGGCUCUCACGAGCCUUGCACCCACCCGAGUAUGCUCCAACUCCGUGGUGGCGUGCAUCCUGUCCUGCAUUCAAUAGCACACUUUCGGUACACAACUAGUCCUCAUGUCUCGAAACAUGAUUCUGAAACAUGAUUCUGAAGUGAAGCCCUAUGAGAAAUCACGGAUUCUUCUCGAUACCUAUCGUGUUUGACUUGCGCACUAGGUACCUGUUCAUCUACCUACGAGUAAAAUAAAACU